UUGUUGGUGGUGUGUAGCCUUCGUCAUGGUCUCGGAUAUGAAUUUAGUGUUGGAAACAUGAUAAUGUCUAUUAAAUUGCUCUAUUUUGAGGCAAUGUUUACAGAUUUAUCACAAAUUGCGAAUGUUUUAUUCAACAGUGAUUUGUUCAUAAAAAAAACUGCAAAAAAACGCAUAAAUAUUGCCUUUAUUCGUUCAUAUCCGCACUUUUCGUUCAUAUCCGCGGAUAUGAGUCAUAUACGUAUUUUAGACGGACCGUAUUUGUUGAAUUUUUAAUGAGCGCAUUGCAAGAUGCGCUUCAAAACAAUAUUUCCAGUUGUCAUACUAGUCUUUCAUGUGAAUUGUAUACAUGCUGAGUUUGUGACUGCUGGUGUUGUGGCUGUUGGAUCUGCAAUAACUGCAGGAUUACUGGCUGGUUUCAAUGUGUUUAACUGUAUGAUUAAUGAAUGCUGCAAUGACAGGUGGAUCUCAACAAACUUCACAGACUUGUCACUGACAUUGCGGUCCAAGUUAUAUGGACAGCACCUUGUGACAGAACCAGUCCUUAAGCACCUGAAAGGUCAUUCCAGGGAGACGCCCAGUAAGGCGCUGGUCUUGUCUUUUCAUGGCUGGACUGGCACAGGGAAGAACCAUGUGAGCCGUAUAGUGGCUGAAAAGAUGUUUGUUAAAGGAAUGAAGAGUAAAUAUGUCCACCUGAUCUCUGCAACUAAGGAGUUUCCACAUGAGGAGAUGGUUUCCUUCUAUAAGGACAAACUCCGUGACAUGAUAGAGAGGGCUGUGAAGGAGUGUUCACGUGCGUUAAUCAUCAUUGAUGAGAUGGACAAGAUGCCCCCUGGUGUAGUUGACACCAUCAAACCUUACCUUGACUUCUACGAGGAGUUGGGCGGAGUCGACUACAGGAAAGCCAUUUUCUUCUUUCUCAGUAAUACAGCAGGUAAUGAUAUUGCUGAGAAGACCAUGAGGUACUGGAAUGAAGGUGUGGCCAGAGAAUCCAUCAAGUUGAAGGAAAUGGAGGAAGUGAUCCGCUUACCUGCCCUGAACAUCAAAUCUAGUGGCUUAUGGCACAGCGAACUCAUUACAAAGAACCUUAUCUCAUCAUAUAUUCCAUUCUUACCACUAGAAAGGAAACAUGUGAAGCAGUGCAUCAAGGACUCCUUACUGGAAAAGAAAAUCUUUAAGUCUGAAUCUGAGAUCCCUGACGCUGUAGUGCAGGAGAUUGCAGAUGAAUUGGAGUACUACCCCAAAGAUGUACAGCUCUUCUCUACAACUGGUUGCAAGAGAAUACACCAAAAGAUAGAUUUUGUUAUGGAAACCGUCUAGAGUUUUGAUUUUUCAUUAGUAUUUGAGUUGCGUUUCUUUUUGCUUAAUAUAUGGCUUAUUUGAUGCAUAAUGCAUACAUUAGUAAGAUGUGUAUAUAUCAGUUUAUCUAUUUAAACUCGCAAAGAUGUAUUUAUUGCUAAAGUGUUAUUGUAUGGGUGGUAUACAAUAAUUCAAUUUAAAUAUACAUAUUGCACAAUUCAAUAAACAAGACCCAACUGGUAAAAUAAAUAUAUAUAUUUUUUAACUAUAAUAAACAAGGUAUGUUUAACAAACAAAAAAUGUGCUCAAAAUAUAGUGUUAACAGUUGAAAAUGUGCAUUUAUUCUCCUUUUUUUGUUCAUAAUAAGUCAUGAACAUGUUGCAGCCGUCUUUGGAAGUAUUGCGGUGACAUGUAUUGUUUGUCCUAUCGUUUAUGACUGCUUAUAUAUAAGUUAAGUUCUUAUUAUCUGACAUAGUGGGAUACAUUUUUUUCAAAAUAAAAAGUUAAAAAGAUA